ACGUAGCAAAUUCAAACAUGGAGUUUUACUUUGUUUGAAGACUUUAUUUGCAGUUAUAAGCAUGUUGGACAUAAGUCCAUUUCCAAGCUAGCUCGCCAUGGAGACUCCUACUUCGGCAUUAAGAAGUGCGACCCUCAAACUUUUGAUUUUAUGGAUUCUAUGGAUGCCAUUAAGGGCAUGUUCUGAGAAGUACAGGCAACCAGUCGAUGAUGAUCCAAAAUCAGUGAGAGAGAGGUAUGAAAGCUGGGUGGAAAUGCAUGGCCGAAGAUACAGCAGUAAACAGGAAUGGGAAAUGCGCUUUGGAAUUUACCAAUUUAACGUCCAGUUCAUUGACAGCAUCAAUUCUCAGAAUUUGUCAUUCCAGCUCGUUGAUAAUAGAUUUGCAGAUAUGACAAACGAGGAGUUUAGAGCUAACUACUUGGGAUUUAGAGCCAUGCCCUUAUGGCAUCCAAAGAAAAAGACAAACUUCAGCUAUGACAAAAGUAUCGAUUUGCCAUCUAGCGUGGAUUGGAGAACGAAAGGCGCUGUUACUCCAAUUAAGGAUCAAGGCCAAUGUGGUAGUUGUUGGGCAUUCUCUUCAGUGGCAGCUGUGGAAGGUAUCAACAAAAUCAAAACAGGAAAGCUGAAAUCUCUAUCAGAACAAGAGCUUAUGGACUGUGAUUUCAACACCUGGAAUCAAGGCUGCGAUGGUGGAUACAUGGAGAAAGCAUUUGCAUUUAUACAAAAGAAUGGUGGACUCACCACAGAAGAAAACUACCCUUACAAAGGAUCACAUGGCACCUGCAAGAAAGCCAAAGAAAAAAAGGGUGCAGUGAAAAUAAGUGGCUAUGAGAAGGUACCUGCCAAUAAUGAGAAAAAACUGCAAGCAGCAGUUGCUCACCAACCAGUAUCUGUAGCUGUAGAUGCUUCUAGUCCGGAAUUUCAAUUCUAUUCUAAAGGUAUAUUUAGUGGCCACUGUGGAACUGAACUUGAUCAUGGAGUCGCAGCAGUUGGCUAUGGAGAAGAAGGUGGUAACAAGUACUGGCUGGUGAAGAAUUCAUGGGGCACUGGCUGGGGUGAAUCUGGUUAUAUAAAGUUGAGGCGUGAUCUAAAAAAUAAGCAUGGUACUUGCGGCAUUGCCAUGGAGGCUAGCUACCCUCUUAAGAAAUGAGCAAUCUUGUUUGUUAAAUUUGGCAUUUUGUGUAUGCAGAACAACAGGAAGUUAGCUUAUCAAGUUAA